AACUUAGUAGGUUCUAAUCAGUUAGGUUAUUCAGUGUUGAGGGUUAGCUGCACAUAAUAUGAGGGCUACUAUUAACACAUUGAUAUCUGCCUGUCGGUGGGCUAAGCUGUCGAUUUUCUGUAUUAUGGAAUUCCUGCACUAGCCAUAAUUCUGAGUGCGUGCGUGCCUCUGUUUGUACAAGUUUACGUGUGUGCGUGCAUGUGCGCGCGCGCGCGCCUGUGCGUGUGCGUGUCAGUGUAUGUAACUGGUAUCCUGGAACCAUGGCUACAGGUGAUUUUGAUGUUGAGCUAUUUGAGCGAAGACUUCUUUCACUCAAAGACUCGCAAGAAUCUAUACAAGGAUUAUCAGCGUGGUGUCUUGAGAGACGACAACAUCACAAGAAGAUUGUUGCUACUUGGUUGCAGGUUUUAAAGAAGGUUAAAGUUGAACAUCGACUAACUCUUUUCUAUUUGGCCAAUGAUGUCAUUCAAUAUUCAAAACGAAAGAACUUUGAGUUUGUUGAGUCGUGGGGUACCACUCUACAAAGAGCAACCACGAUGGUGCGUGAUGAGAAGGUCAAACAUCGUAUUCUACGGAUCUUCAAGAUCUGGGACCAGAGACAGGUGUAUGAUGAAGAAUUUCUCACCGAUUUGUCUGGCUUAAUAUCUGCUGCCCCAAAGAAGAAACUCGAUGCCCAACAAACUGGCUCAACUGAAGAGUUUCAGGCUGCAUUGUUGAUCUCAACUAUGAGAUCCUGUGCAACAUUGGAACAAGCUACUGAUGCUAGAUUACGUGAUUUACGACAAAGCAAUAUAGAUAUAGACAAUGCAGAAGAGCUUUGUGCAUCUUUAAAAGAUCGACGGCAUGUUGAAGACGCUGAGAAAGAAGUUGACAUUGCUGUCAAGAAUGUUGAGAACUAUGUGCGCGCUCUUGAGGCUGAAAUCCGAGAGAGAACUCAGGUUUUGGACUUGUUAGAGCAAGCGGAUCAAUUUUAUGAGACACAACGUGGCGAGGUCAAGAUAGUGACAAAUGCUUAUCGGAACUUCGGUAGCCGUGUAAAGAAUUUAAAAAAGAAACUUGACGAGCUUUUACCUACGCUGGUUUCUCCAAUUCCAUCGCCGGAUGUGAACGCACCAUCUCCCAGUCCAGACAGCGACAUCGAUCUUCCAGGAGAUGAGAAUCAAGCUAAUAUAUCUGCUAUUCUUGAUGUAGCUCCACCUUCAAUGUACGGCUCUUAUCGGCAAGAUUAUGAACCUAUGCCGGUACCAGCUCCGGAUAUCAAUCAGGGGAAUGUCUCCGGGGAUUUCACCAACAAUUUUGCCUCAUUUAUAGGAGGCAACAUGGACUUCGAUAUGAGGAACCUCUUCAGUGAUAGAUCAUCAACACCGACAAGAGCGAGCCAGUAUAAUGACUCGUUGGAGGCCAAGCCAAUCGAGGUGAUUAAUAUGCGGCCGUCCAAGACGGAGAAGUUGAACAUCAACUCAAGCGGAAAUGAGGAAAACUUCAACAUAUCUAGUUUCCUCAGGACAGUCCUUCCGUCUAGUGAUAGUAGGACUGCUAAUGUUAGCGGCAUACCUGGAUUGGGAUUGGACCUUCCUGGAAGCCGGACAGAGUCUCCUCAACGACCAGAUUAUAGAAAUUCACCGAACAUUGGUCAACUUCCGGUGAAUACUUCGGCCGACCUAGCUGGUCUUGGUAAUCUGAACAAUCAUCAGCUCGCUCAUGGUGGUGUCCUCUCCAUGAGAAAUCCAGUUGCUGGAGAGUCGCACACACCUUCGCCGUACUCGAGUCAGAACAGUCAGAGUAAUGUGACUGUACCAAUGGGAUUUGAAUCUUCGACCAAUACUGUAAAUCCUUUACCUCCUCCUCCUUUACCACCUCCAAUCUUCCUCGACGAUGAGAAUUGCUACAAUAAGCUACCACCAAAGUUCCCCACGUGGAUGCCCGCCAAUGAACCUAUCAAGGAUUCUGUUAAGUGGGAUGAGAAAGGAAAGAACAAUGUGAAUAUUAAUGUUAAUGCUGGAUCGUGGGUUAGUGAGAACGACGAAAAACCUAAAGGUAAUCAGUGGCUGGAGGGACCCAAUGAACGAUGGGAAGGUGAAAGUGACUCUGCCUGGUCGAGCAUCUUGCGAGGGAAAAACGAAGUCCUUACAGAGACGCCAGAGUCACCUCCAAUUUAUGAAAAAUCCGGAUUUACAGAACCAGUUGUCGAAUAUGAUGACUCGCGAGCCCAGGAACCUCUUCUUAGCAGCAGUGGCGACGUCGACCAUAGAGUCAUUCCUGUGCCCUUGGCUAUGGAGAACCAACUAUCACACCGAUUGAUGAAGGUUGCCGAUGUUGAUCAUCGGAAUCUUAUCAGUCUAACUGGUAGUCCAGCAAAUCAUGGACAUUCGCACGAGACAUCCCCGACGGUUCUAACGACAGGAAAUAGUUUGUGGUCGAAUACUGAUCAAGAUUAUCGUCAACAAAUGCAACCCGGUGAUAUCGUCGAGAGCGUCGACAUGGAAAUGUCUGAUGAUGAAACGACAGACAGCAAACAGAAGGCACGAGUUCUUGUGGACGUCAGAUCUCAGGAACCCACAAGACAGGAUCGUGACAUACGGAUCUUGUCAAUGCCGCAAUCAGACCAUCAUCUGGACAUGGAUAUGCGUGUUGUGCAUAAUCAGCCCAGGGACGUACAUGGCAUUCAUCAGGAACAGCCUCCCAACUUUCAUCAGAAUCAUCAAAACCCGCCAGAAUUUCACCAGAGCCACCCAUCGGACUUUCGUUCAAACAAUCCGCAUAAUCGAGUUAAUCCAGGAAACUUUCAUCACCAUCAACAAGGGCCAAAUUUUUCGUCCGGCCCGCAAGAGUUUCAUCGUGGUCCCCAGGACUUUCGUCAAGGUCAACCGAACUUCCGCCAGGAGCAGAAUGACUAUGACUUUCGCGAGAUGCAACAUGCGAGACGAUCAAGUCAGGAGUUUCAUGGGGAUUCUCGUCGACGGUAUCUCCAACAGCAACAAUCGGCUCCAGGAAGCGGAGCCGGUGCACCACCACCUCCACCACCACCGCCACCUCCACUACCACCACCGCCUCCUUUGCCAUCGAUGCAACAACCACAGUCACAGCAUCAACAGAUGGACCAUCAUCUACAUAUGCAUCACGUUCAACAGCAUCAACAUCAGCAGCUGCAACAUCAUCAUCAUCAUCACCCUCAUCAUCGUGAUUCCCCUAUGUUUCCAAGAAUGGAAAGAGGUGGUGGUAUUUCAAGUCGUGCUCGAGGAUAUCUUAGAAAUCGACGUGAUAGAUUUUCCGAAGAUCAUAAUAUGCUUCAGCAGCAACAGUGUAACACACCACUGAAUCGACGCUCCAGAGCAUCUCAAGAUCAGCAGCAAGGUUCUUCGCCAGAGAUUCUUCCGAAUAAUCGUCCUCUACUACUGAAACCCCCAGACACUGUCGUUAUUUUGGACGAGGAGGGGAUGCCAAUUGGAAUGCCGGAUAUGGAACUUCGUUUAUCCAACACGCCGAAUAACUUACGCGACCUCAUCAGUCAAGAUGACUAUUCAAAACAUGCUGGAUUCGUGCGAGAGAAUCAUAGUGGCCCUAUGGGUUUUGGUCUCGAUCGUAGAAUACAACAGCAUCACCAACAACAUCAACAUCAACAAGGAAAUGCCUAUUCCUAUGACUCUUCUCAUCAGCGAACGAACUUUGGUUUUCCUUCGAUGGGAGAAUCAACGGAUCAGCAGGUGCCACCUCCCAGUACUCGAGCAGAGAACUCUGAUCACAUACGUAGUGGACCAAAUCAACAAGUUCCUGUAGUGGUAAUGCCUCAACAACCUACAGGAAACACGGAUCACCAUGCGAGCUUAAAGUCUCCUUGUUUCUUCGAGGAUAUUGAGAAUGUCGAAUUUUCACACACGGCAGACCAGGAUCAGGAUGUUCCAAAAGCCGACCAGCAGUCAGAUCCAGAAAUGAGAUCGGAUCUGAAGGAUGUUAGGCAAGAAGAGUCUGAAAUUGAGCCAAUGAAAGAAGGAAGACUGGAGACAGAGGAGUCAGUGAAAGAUGAAAACGCAAAAGAGACGACAAUAAAUGACAUAGGUACACUACUAGAGAGUACCGAUAAAAUUCACGAAGAGAUGUUAGAAGGAAAAUCUUCGGAAGAGGUGUCGACGGUGACGAUAGAGCCAGCAGAGGGCGCAGUACAGGAUGUUGUAGAUAAUGAAGUGGCGAAUGUUGAAAAUAACGAACAGGAUAAAAUUGAAGAGUCAACAGCUGCAGACAUUUCUCAUGCCGAGGACAGCGAAGUAUCGGGAUCCAAGCACCAGCUGUCAGAGCAGCUCGAGGCGAUAAUGAAUUCCUCGAGUAAGUCGGUCGCGACCGGGAACGAUCAAAAGAGACAAUCGGCGAAUGGUAAUUUCGAAUCGGAUUUGCAUAGCCAACAGGAACCAGAUGGUUCACCAGCGGCGAAGAAGACGAAAAGGACUUUAUUGCCAAAUGGGCCUUCCUUAACAGGUGGCGCUCUCUCUUCGCUUCCAUCUAAUCUUCCAGCAACACUUUCCCCGGCUCAAGCUGCUCCAGUGUCCGAAAUUCAUUCCAGCGGAGGGCUCCCCGAUUAUGAAACCACGAAUUCAUCCCCAGGAGGAAGUUUUCGAGGACGUGGUGCAUCAGGACACCCGCCAGCAGUCAGUUCCAGUGGAUUUGCUCCCUGGCGAGGUGGACCACCUCGUGGUAGAGCAGGCUUUCGUGGGGCAGCACGUGGUGCACCGUGGCUCAUGGACAGAACCGGCCUUACCCGAGGUCCGCCUGUGGGCAACUUCUUGCCAAGAGGUCUUAAAAGAGGCGGACAAUUCAGAGGCAGUGGCGGCGGCGGUGGCGGCUUCAGGGCACGGGGUCGUGGUAGCACCUGGUGAACUUCUCUUUGAGACGAGUUCUGUCAAUGCUGCCAAUAAAAAAUGGGACGUUUUUCUCUUCGUGAUACUCCUUGUGUAGACACUGGGAUUUAUCCUGGUACGCGUAAUCGUACAUCCGUGAAGUCACACGGAGGCUCUUCUUUUGUAGUCCCCCAGGAACUUGUUGCCGCGUGAUUCAACCGGCUUUUCUCUUUACUUUUUCCUUCCCUUUUUUUCUCUUAUUUAAAAGAGAAAAUCGACUUCUACAUACGUACAUGCACCUUUAUGUACAUAUGCUUGUGUAUACAUAUGUAAGUCAGAGCGAAUGCGUGAUUGUACAAGUAUGAGUGUAUUAUGUGACUCUGUUGCUGCGUAUCAGACUGAAUAUGAAAGAGAGAUAAGAUGAGACUAGAGAAGAAAAAAAAAAAGAAAAGGAAGAAGAAACAUGAAUGUGCAACGGGAUCAUCAGUAACAUUGUAUGACGAGUGACAGUCGAUCCCAGAAUCUGAUUAAACUUAGUUAUAAUUAUUAGCGGCGUCUAGUAGUCAUUUGAAUAUAUUUUAAAGAAAUAUUCUCAGCAGCAGUAUGAAAAACGAAAUUCACUUUAUGUGAGUGACAUAUAAAAGUGAAGAGCUGUGUAUUAUUAACAUUAGUAAUGAUAACACAACUCCGCCCUGACCGUCAUCAUCAACGCCGUCGCCAUAGUGGAAAUUUACUACUCGCGGAAGGAAGAAUUAUCCGAUUUAUAAAAAAAAAAGAAAAAUGUUCGAAUGACAAACUUUGGUUUCUAUAAAAAAAAAAAAUGGAUCGGCGUGUUACAAUUUUUUCUCUAAAGUUUUCACGUCGUGCGCUUCCGUCAGUCUGCAUACCUGUCUAUCUGUCCAUUUACCUUACAUGCCUAUUAACCUACCCACUUAUCUACCUACCUAUCCACUUACCUACCGACCUACCUCCUUAUACCUAUCUACUUAGCUAUCAUCGUGAAAUUGCAAAUGUAUUAAUAAAAUACAGUGUUCACAUUCUUCACUUCGUGCAUUUGCCCUGAUCUUCGAUAAUGCUUUGCCUAAUUGUUACACACUGAAUAGAAUUAUUAGAACAAGCAGGUGAAAUUGUCGAAAUACUUUACAAAAGUCAUUUUUUAAAACCUUUUACGUUUCCUUGUACAUUGGAUUAAUUUCCGCGCGCGUGCGCCUUUUUCAUUGUAUACAAAGAGACAUGCGGAAACAGGAUGUUCCUUUGUUUCGUCCAUUUUUUCUUUUCAAAAAAAAAAGGUAAACACGAUCAUCUUACUGAUUUAUCAGAUAGGAUACACUCUAGCGUUAGGUUAUAAAUAGCAGCUCGUGAUGCGUCCAUUAUCUUUGAGAUUUUAUUUUCUUCAAUUUGUCAAAGAAAUAAAAAUAGCAAGACAAUAUUUCGGUAGCUUAAACCACGAUUAACGGUUUUAAUUAGUCAAGGAUUAAUAAGAAUUUCUUUGUUGAUUACUCUAAAGGUGGCUUCGUGAGCUAUUUGUUUGAAAUUUUUAUGAAAUGUAAGGGGGGGGUAAAAUGAAAGAUACGAUCAAUGUACAAUAGAAUAUAAUUACCGACAGAAGUGCUUAGUUUUUAUCAUGAUUCUCUAAUAAAAAAUUAAAAAAUAUUAGUGGAACAUCUAGUAGUAUAAUAAGAUAUUUUAUUAUUUACCGAUCUCGUCGAUUAAAGUUAAGUUAAUCACUCGUUUGCCAAGGAAACAGCAUUACGUUUUCCGAUUUUCCUUUGUCUUCAAAAAAAUUCUAGUCAAACGAUCUCCAUAUGUAUAUUCUUUCUCUUUCAGUAUCAACGAUUUUUUUUUUCUUUUACCAUGUCGAGUAAGAGGCCCAACAACCGGAAGCGCACGGUUCAGCUUUUAUAAGCCCUGUGAUCAUGCAGCGCGUUUCACAUUUCUCAAAGUAGCUGACGAGCUUUAGACUUUUAUUUCAGUUUAAUUAUAUAUUUUUUUUGAGUUUCCUCUUACAGCUACCCUACUACAGUAAUCUCAGUUUUCCUUUCUCAGAUACCCCUCUUCCUUUAUAUUCGGUUACACAUUCCGACCUUUUCUUCCCAUUAAUUUGACCCAACUCCGUGCAAUUCAAAACAAAAUGAAAAUGGGUAGGCAGGCAGACUGAUAGACGGAACAGCAGUUUGCAAAAUCGAAAUGUAGAAACGUAUAGUUAUGUAAGAUCCAAUCAGAUGUUUUUAAUUUUCUUUCUGGCGGCCAUUAAUUUGUCGUAUGUCUUGAAAAGAACACAGGACGUUUCUGUAUAGAUACAUAUAUGUAUAGUUAUAUAUCCGUUUUAAUGCAUACCGUGUAUGCUAAAGAUAUUUUGUACAUUGCCUAAUAAAAUUCAUUGUUAUUA